AUGGCUGUGUCCCAGGAACUCGGUAAUUCCACUCAUCUCUCGGGAGAUCCGAGCAACAGCACUUACAACAGCAGUUGUGGCAGCGAAGGUAACAGCAGCAUUAGCAGAGGCAGCAGCGGUGGCAACAGCAGUGGCAACAGCAGUGGCAGUGAGGGGCACUCGAUGAUCAGCCUUUUCCACUGCAUAGUCCGCAUCUCCCUCCUCUCCUCCUUCAUCUGUGUCUCCUUUCUAGGGAAUACCCUGCUGCUGCUGGUGUUCCAUCGGAAGCCCCAGCUGUUGCAGGUUGCCAACCGCUUCAUCCUCAACCUCCUCAUUGCAGAUCUGUUCCAGACAGCCAUAGUGAUACCCUGGGUGGUGGCAGGCUCCCUACCUUCCUUCUGGCCCCUCAGCCAAAACACAUGCACGAUCCUGGUUACCCUGAUGCACCUUUUUGCCUACGCCUCUAUCAACACUAUCAUUGUGGUGUCCAUCGACCGGUACCUGUCCAUUAUCUACCCCCUGUCCUAUCCCAACAAGAUGACGACCACAUGGGGAGCGAUGUUCAUCUUGGGCACUUGGAUCUUCAGUCUGAUUCAGAGUGGUCCACCUGCUAUUGGUUGGGGGGAGAUCGACUAUGACAUGGACAGCUCUCUGUGCGUCGUCAUCUGGAGCUCAAGCCCCUCUUACACCGUCCUGAAUAUCAUGCUGUCCUUCCUCUGUCCAGUGGCCAUCCUGAUGGGCUGCUAUGGGAUGGUGUUCCGAGCAGCCCGAAGGCAGAAUGCCCUAGUGCAUCCCGUGAGGCCCCGGAGCCUGCAGGAACCAGUGGAGGAGACUGUUGCUGGAGAAGAGGCUAGUGAAGGAGAGGAAGAGGAUGGCGAUGCCAUCGUCUCAAUCCCUUGCCCAUUCCAGACCAGCCCCAAGAGGUGCCCUGUGAAGCCCAACCCUUACCACUGCAAGGCUGCCCGAGUGAUCUUUGUCAUCAUUGCCUCCUUCAUCCUGUGCAUCGGACCUUACUGCCUGCUGGCUGCCGUCUCUACUGCGGUGGGAACAGCCCCGCCUUGGGUCAACUCCUUUAUCUGCCUGCUCUUCUUCCUGCAGUGCUGCCUCCACCCCUACACCUAUGGGUACAUGCACAAGAGCAUCAAGAAGGAGCUCACCUUGGCCUUGCUCGGGCUCUUCUGCAGAAGGCCACCCCGGGGCCAGGACUCCAGCACCGACAACAACUUUGCCAUGACGAUGACGAUGACCGACAGCCGGGCUUUCUCUUCACACUUCUCUCUGACUUCAGCCUGGAAAUCCUAG